GCCCCCUCUUUUUCAAUUUUCCUCUCUCUCUCUCUCCCACACUCUUUUAGGGUUUCAGAGCGCAGUUUUGCUUUUUCCAAUCGGUUAUCGUACUGUCUCCGUCAAUUUCGUGAACCCUCAGAUAAUGGCGAUGGAAGUUACCCAGAUUCUUCUAAAUGCACAAUCAAUAGAUGGAACAGUGCGGAAGCAUGCAGAAGACAGUUUAAAACAGUUUCAGGAGCAAAACCUUCCCAGUUUUUUUCUCUCUCUGUCGGGGGAGCUAGCAAAUGAUGAUAAGCCUGUUGAGAGCCGUAAAUUAGCAGGUUUGAUACUUAAGAAUGCCUUGGAUGCCAAGGAACAAGCUAGAAAGUAUGAGCUUGUUCAAAGGUGGGUGUCACUGGACGCUGCUGUGAAGGCCCAGAUCAAAACAUGCUUGUUACAGACCCUCUCUGCUCCUGCCCCUGAUGCUCGAUCUACUGCAUCUCAAGUCAUUGCGAAGGUUGCAGGCAUUGAGUUGCCUCAGAAACAGUGGCCUGAGUUGAUAGGAUCGCUUUUGUCAAAUAUUCACCAAGUACCGGCUAAUGUUAAGCAAGCAACUUUGGAGACUCUUGGAUACUUGUGUGAGGAAGUCUCUCCUAAUUGUGUGGAUCAAGAUCACGUGAAUAAAAUACUUACGGCUGUAGUUCAGGGAAUGAAUGCAUCUGAAGGGAACAGUGAUGUUAGGCUUGCUGCUACUCGAGCACUGUACAAUGCUUUGGGCUUUGCUCAGGCAAAUUUUAGUAAUGAUAUGGAGCGUGAUUAUAUCAUGAGAGUUGUCUGUGAGGCAACUUUGUCCACAGAAUUGAAGAUACGACAGGCAGCUUUUGAGUGUCUGGUCUCCAUUUCAUCAACUUACUAUGAGAAAUUAGCUCCUUAUAUCCAGGACAUCUUUAACAUUACAGCAAAGGCCGUGAAGGAAGAUGAGGAGCCUGUUGCUCUUCAAGCCAUUGAGUUCUGGAGUUCAAUUUGUGAUGAGGAGAUAGAUAUCUUGGAAGAUUAUGGGGAUGAUUUCACUGGUGACUCUGGUAUUCCUUGUUUCUAUUUUAUCAAACAGGCCCUCCCUGCCCUUGUCCCUUUGCUGUUGGAGACACUCCUUAAGCAAGAGGAGGAUCAGGAUCAGGAUGAAGGGGCUUGGAAUAUUGCAAUGGCUGGUGGCACUUGCCUUGGCCUGGUUGCGCGUACUGUGGGAGAUGAUAUUGUCCCACUUGUUAUGCCUUUUAUUGAAGAGAACAUAACAAAACCUGAUUGGAGGCAUCGGGAAGCAGCCACAUAUGCUUUUGGUUCAAUUUUGGAGGGUCCUUCCCCUGACAAGUUAACUCCCAUUGUCAAUGUUGCUUUGACAUUCAUGCUUAGUGCUUUAACAAGGGACCCAAAUACCCAUGUGAAGGACACUACUGCAUGGACCCUGGGGCGAAUCUUUGAAUUUCUUCAUGGUUCAACCACGGAUGCACCAAUAAUUACACAAGCAAAUUGCCAACAGAUCAUUACUGUUCUGCUUCAGAGCAUGAAGGAUGUUCCAAAUGUUGCUGAGAAGGCUUGUGGCGCGCUCUAUUUUCUUGCACAAGGUUAUGAGGAGGGGGCCCCAUCAUCUCCUUUAACUCCUUUUUUCCAGGAAAUUGUUCAGGCCCUUCUCACUGCUACUCACAGAGAAGACGCUGGCGAAUCUCGAUUAAGGACCGCUGCCUAUGAGACUUUGAAUGAAGUGGUGAGGUGUUCAACUGAUGAAACAGCUCCCAUGGUGUUGCAACUUGUUCCCGUCAUCAUGAUGGAGCUGCACCAGACUCUUGAGGGGCAAAAGCUUUCAUCUGAUGAGAGAGAGAAGCAGAGUGAAGUACAAGGCCUUCUUUGUGGGUGUUUACAGGUCAUUAUUCAGAAGCUAGGAUCAUCAGAGCCAACUAAAUAUGUCUUUAUGCAGUAUGCAGAUCAAGUGAUGGGUCUAUUCCUGCGGGUUUUUGCUUGUAGAAGUGCCACUGUGCAUGAGGAGGCCAUGCUUGCCAUUGGAGCCCUUGCCUAUGCAGCAGGCCCAGAUUUUGCAAAAUACAUGCCUGAGUUUUACAAGUAUUUGGAAAUGGGUCUUCAAAAUUUUGAGGAGUACCAAGUGUGUGCUGUGACAGUUGGUGUUGUGGGGGAUAUAUGCAGGGCAUUGGAGGAUAAGAUUCUUCCUUACUGUGAUGGGAUUAUGACACAGCUCCUUAAGAACUUAUCAAGCAAUCAGUUGCACCGUUCUGUUAAGCCUCCCAUAUUCUCUUGUUUUGGUGAUAUAGCACUUGCUAUUGGAGAGAACUUUGAAAAAUAUUUGAUGUAUGCGAUGCCCAUGCUCCAGAGUGCAGCAGAGUUGUCUGCUCACACAUCAGGUGCUGACGAUGAUAUGAUGGAGUACACAAAUUCUCUAAGAAAUGGAAUCUUGGAGGCAUAUUCUGGCAUUUUCCAAGGCUUCAAGAACUCUACCAAAACCCAGCUCUUGAUUCCCUAUGCACCUCACAUCCUCCAGUUCUUGGACAGCAUAUAUAUGGAGAAAGACAUGGAUGAUUUGGUGAUGAAAACUGCUGUUGGAGUCCUUGGAGAUCUAGCAGAUACGCUUGGAAGUAAUGCAGGUUCUUUGAUACAGCAAUCUCUGUCAAGCAAAGAAUUUUUAAAUGAAUGCUUGUCCUCAGAUGACCAUUUGAUUAAAGAAUCUGCUGAAUGGGCCAAAUUGGCCAUCAGUCGUGCCAUUUCUGUUUGAUGCUACCAUCACUUGGUAUGCCCCUUAAUUUUAGAAGUCCCUGCAUGCAUUUGGGUGUGUUGAGUCGGGGUCCGGGAUCGCAUACUUGUUGAGUCAUCACCAUUUUCAGACAACAGUGUUGUUGGUCUUCAAGUUGUCACUAACUAUUGCAUCAUCAGCAAAACUUGUUGCUAACUAAUGCAUCAGCGCCGUUGGGUCGGGUUCUGGUUUGUCAGGAGAAAGUGGGUAGUGAUGGCUUCACUGAAAUGGGUGGAGGCCAACAUAGAAAAUCAGGAAAAAAAAAUAUAUAUUAGGGUUCGUGGGAGGGGUGCGGUUGCGGAGGUGGAGGUGGAGUUAAGCUUGAGGAAAGUAGACAUAACUCAAGCUGCUUGAUCGUUGGCUGUUUGAUGAGACCCUUUUAGAGUAGUCCUAUUCAAACCUGGUGUCGGUUUUACAGGAGUUGAAUGGACGAAUGCAGAGAGUUGUUUAUGGGGUCAUGACAUUUCAACGCCACCCAGAUGCUAUAUUUUCGAGAAUUUCUCCUUACUUCAGCAGGUUUUCAUUCCUGAUAUCUCCUUUCUAGAGAAGAUCUUCAUUCCUAAUUUCUCCUUCAUUGGCAGAUUCUAAUUCUUUUUGCUAAUUUGCGUCUGCAUCUGUUCAUCAUAUGUCCAUCAUGGUCGGGUUGUAUUUCAUCACUUUCAUAUUUUUUUUCAUAUACUUGGUACGUGUGGCUGGCAUCCACCACCCACAUACCACGGGGAGCAUUUCAUCCUGCAUUGCAUUCAUUCAUUUUUCAUUUUUGUCAGUCUUAGUGGCCGUUUCUCAGGUCAAAUGUCCAAAUACCAUGCAUUCAUGAAAUCAUUGGUUCGGCGCCGUUUCUUUCGCUUUUUUUUUUUUUUUUCUUUUUCUUUUUUUUAAAGUAUAGUUGUUUAUUGUGCUUUGGAAUGUGUAAUCAUAAUUUUUAUUGAAAUGUCACCGAAUUGUGAUGACAUUUAAAGGGCUGAGUAAGGAUUUGGAGCGUCACUUGUUUGGAGAGGCAGUAUAUUUGUGGUCUUGCCUCAGUUGUUAUCUUUCAAGUGAUAUUAUAGAAACAAUGAAUUUUUGUAAAUUUGGGCAGAUCUUUUUUUUU